AUUUGGGUUAAUUGAUCGAUCGAUUGACGGUCUGAAAAACUUGAUGAAAUAGUAAGAAAUGCUGUCACGAUGACCUCUGAUAGUUUUGUUGAUUCAGUCAGAUCUCGGAAAGCAGUGGGAGGUGCAAACGAUACCAUCCGAUUUCAAAUCGAAAGUAAACUGGAUGAGGAAAUAUAAUCUUCACACUGGCGACACGUAUUGUCCUCUCCUGUAGUGCAGCCUGCUUUAAUUUUAAAACCACAUUUUUGUUUUUAACUUACAACCUUAGUCAUGUCAAAGACUUCAACCCUGAAAAUAAGCAGCGCGAAUGCAGGAAAGGUGGAAACCUUCCGGCAGUCCCUGUAUCAUGAGGCAGAGAACCUGUUUUCGAAUCAUAUCCCCACGAAGAUUUUACAGCUAGAUUCUCUGCUCAAGGACGAUGCCCUCAGCAUCGCUGACAUGUCCUCACUCCGGGCUCCACUGGACAUCCCCAUACCAGACCCCCCUUCCCCAGAGGAUGAGGAAAUGGAGACUGAUAGUAAUGAAGAUGAUGAGAAGAAAAAGAAGAAAGCUCCAAAAUGUGGCUUCAUCAAGGGGAAUGAGAAGAUUAUGAUGCUUCUAGACAAGGUGAAACCAGAGAUUGUGGCUCUCAGAGAGACUAUCCUCAUAGUGUCCUGCUGGAUUCAGCACCUCAUUCCAAAAAUAGAAGAUGGAAAUGACUUUGGGGUUGCCAUCCAGGAGAAAAUCUUGGAGAGAAUUGCUGCAGUAAAGACCAAAGUCGAUGGUUUUCAGACCAACAUCAAUAAGUACUUCUCAGAGAGGGGAGAUGCUGUUGGAAAAGCCUCCAAAGAGACUCAUGUGAUGGACUACCGCUCACUCGUCCAUGAGAAGGAUGAGGCCAUCUACUCUGAGAUCAGGGUGAUUGUUCUCGACAUCCGCGGCUUCUACGCCGAACUUUACGACAUCAUCAACAAGAAUCAGGAAAAGGUGACUAAUCCAAAAGGAGAGGAGAAGCCCUCCAUGUACUGAAGCUAGAGAGAAGAGGUGAUGUUUUGAGGUACCGCUGGGGCAGAUUCUUCAGUUAUCUGGUUUAACAGCUGUAUUGUUUGGUGUCUUCAUGAAUCAGUUAAUCACUCAGUCAAACUGCAUACUGCAAGUCAUUCAGUCAUAAACAUGAAAAAGUUAAACCUGCAUUCCUCUGUUUUAGCUUUGUCAUGCUAGAAAGAGGUUUUAUCACUGCUGUUGUGUAAAAUACU